AUGGGAUUGAAGAAGGCGACGACGUCGUUGGAGGAAGUGAUAGAGAAAGCAGGAGGUUGUGCUGUGGUGGACGGAGGGUUCGCUACCCAGCUGGAGAGACACGGCGCUGCCAUCAACGACCCUCUCUGGAGCGCCGUCUGCCUCAUCAAAGACCCCGACCUCAUCAAGCGGGUCCACUUGGAAUACUUGGAAGCCGGAGCAGAUGUUCUGGUCACUUCAUCUUACCAGGCCACAAUUCCUGGAUUUUUGUCCAGAGGACUGUCCAUUGAAGAAGGGGAGUUGUUGCUGAAGAAAAGUGUGAAAUUGGCUGUUGAAGCUCGCAACAGUUUCUGGGAUGCUCUCAAAGUGACACCUGAGCAUCAGUAUAACAGGGCUUUGGUUGCUGCCUCUAUUGGAAGCUAUGGAGCUUUUCUUGCUGAUGGCUCAGAAUAUAGUGGAUGUUAUGGACCCAAAGUGAAUGUUGAUAAGCUCAAGGAUUUCCACCGACGCAGAUUGCAAGUUCUUGUGGAAGCAGGUCCUGAUUUACUUGCAUUUGAGACCAUCCCUAAUAAGCUUGAAGCUCAGGCCUGCGUUGAGUUGCUCGAAGAAGAAAACAUUCAAAUACCUUCUUGGAUAUGUUUCACCUCUGUAGAUGGUGAAAACGCCCCAUCCGGAGAGAGCUUCAAGGAAUGCCUUGACAUAAUAAAUAAGAGUAACAAAAUACAUGCAGUGGGAAUAAAUUGCGCACCUCCUCAUUUGAUUCAAUCUCUCAUCUGCAAAUUUAAAGAGUUAACCAAUAAAGCAAUUGUUGUGUACCCUAAUAGUGGUGAGAUAUGGGAUGGCAAAGCUAAAAGAUGGCUGCCUGCCAAGAGUUUUGAUGACGACAAUUUUGAAUGCUUUGCAACAAGCUGGCGUGACGCAGGAGCUAAACUCAUCGGAGGCUGUUGUCGGACAACACCUUCCACCGUUCAAGUCAUUUCUAAGGCUCUAAAAGGAAACUCGUGCUGA